GAGGAAGCGACCGGGGGGGGGGGGAGGUCCCGCCCUUCCUGUUCCGGUCCCGGCGGCGGAGGCGGCGGGCCGCAUGGGCAAGAAGAGGGGCGCGGGGCUGGGCCGCUGCCUGCUGCGGCAGCGCGGCCUGGAGCGCCGUGGCGCCGCCUCAUGGCUGCACGCUAGCGAGGUGGGCGGCGAGCGCGGCGCGGAGCGGCGGUCGGCGGCCGAGCAGAGCCCACUGGAGGAGUUCCUGGCCACGGCUGAGCUGGCGGGCACCCGCUUCGUGGCCGAGCGACUGAACAUCCAGUUCGUGUCCGCCCAGACCCGCACCGGCCUCCUCACGGCCCAAGAGGCCCAGCAUGUCCGACAGCUGCAGGAGGAGAACCAGCAGUUCCUGCGCAUCCCUCGGAGGCCACACUGGGAUAGGACAACGCGUGUGGAGGACCUGAAGCAAGCCGAGAGAGACAGCUUUCUGGAGUGGAGACGACAGCUUGCCCACCUUGAGGAAGAAAAAAAUUUAAUUCUAACCCCAUUUGAACGAAACUUAGAAUUUUGGCGUCAACUUUGGAGAGUCAUUGAAAGAAGUGAUAUUGUAGUUCAGAUAGUAGAUGCUAGAAACCCCCUCCUGUUUAGAUGCCAAGAUCUGGAAAAUUACGUUAAAGAAGUCAGCAGUGACAAGGAGAACAUGAUCCUGAUAAACAAAGCAGAUUUGCUGAGUGAAGAGCAGCGGGCUGCUUGGGCACGUUUCUUUGAGACAGAAGGUGUUAAGGUGGUGUUCUGGUCAGCCUUGGCAGAGUGCAAACGGCUAGCAGGAGAAGCUAAGGGACUAGACACAGAAGAUGUAACAGAGGACCCAGGUGAUUCUGAGUAUGAAAGCUCCAGUCAAGAAGAUGACAUAACACAAGAUAGUGCAGAAGGCGCAUGCACAGACAAUGCUUUCCAAACUGAUAAUGGAGUUCUGGUCAGUGAUGAUGACAGUAGUGAUGAAUAUGAAGACUGUGAAGAUGAUGAAGAGGAUGCCUGGCAAACCUGUUCUGAAGAUGAAGGUGGGGGCAAAGUAAAUACUACUGCCCCAAAAAGUAUGGAAAACAGAACUGAUGGUGCUGCAGUGCAGUGCAUAGUGCAAGAGCAGAACAGGAACAUCAGGAACUUCAGUCAUCUAGUACAAAGAAAUGAACUGCUGGAGAUAUUCAAAACCAUGCACAAUGGACCAAGGGUGAAGGCUGGGGAAGUAAACGUUGGGCUGGUGGGUUACCCCAAUGUUGGCAAAAGUUCAACUAUCAACACAAUCCUUGGAAAUAAGAAGGUGUCAGUGUCUGCUACACCAGGCCGUACAAAGCACUUUCAGACCCUGUAUGUGGAGCCUGGCCUGUGCCUCUGUGAUUGCCCUGGUCUGGUGAUGCCAUCUUUCAUCUCUACCAAGGCAGAGAUGAUUUGUUCUGGAAUUCUGCCUAUAGACCAGAUGAGGGACCAUGUCCCACCCAUUUCUCUAGUUUGCCAGCAUAUCCCACGAAACAUUUUGGAAGCAACCUAUGGAAUAAAUAUCAUAAGACCCAGGGAAGAUGAGGAUCCAGAUCGAAAGCCAACAGCUGAAGAACUGCUAACGGCACAUGGAUGUAUGAGAGGCUUUAUGACAGCUCAUGGACAGCCAGACCAGCCAAGAUCAGCUCGAUAUGUGUUAAAAGAUUAUGUCAAUGGGAAGCUGUUAUAUUGCCAUCCACCUCCUGGUGUUGAUCCAAAUGAUUUUCAGCACCAGCAAGAAAGAUGCCCAGAGAGCGUAACUGUGCAGGCCAGCGAAAAGGUGAAGCCUGAGAAGAAUACCAAAGCAAAACAAAUCGAAAAUGUGGUAGAUAAAACAUUUUUCCACCAGGAGAAUGUUCGUGCUCUGAUGAAAGGUGUCCGGGCUACAAUGGGGUACCGGCCUGGCAGUGGCCUUGUGUCUGUGACUGCACCCAAUUCUGAGAAUGCUGUAGGAAAACCCUGGAAAAAACAUGGAAACAGGAACAAGAAGGAGAAAGUUCGCAGGAUCACUAAGCACCUGGAGGCCUAGCUGUGGUGCUGUUAUCUGGUCUUCCCAGGUCAGGGACUGCACUGUCUUGCGUGCAUGAAUUGAGGAAGAAGAAUAAGUGGGCAUCACUAGUUCAUCUGAACUCUGUGCCAUGGAUUGGCCCAGGCAGGGGAUUGAGAACAGGCUCUGAUACUUGGAGCUCAUCCCAUUUGAGAAGAAAAGAGACCUGGCCAUUCGAGUCUUCUGGAGGUCAGCCAGCCCAGGCAGUUGACUGUUGCUGAAAAGCCCUUUCAGUGGGAGAAGAGAGAAGAUGGCACGUCGGAAUAUUUUUUCUUCUAUAAAGGAUGUAUUUUAUAGCUGCUGAGAUCAAACAAAGCCCUGUAAAACUGACUAAAAUGUUUAAAUAGUUGAAUCUUAAUGAGUGACACUUAUUACAUUUUGAGACACUAUCACUAGUCUCGUUUUUUUAAACCUUGUUGACUUGACAGAACACUUUAGUAUGUUGAAAAUUGAAGUAAAAGGAUCUUUAUUGCCCUCUUCCCUCUGCUCUACCAAUCCUACUCUGAAAUCCCAUACUGAAACCACAUCCUGUCUCUCAGCCUAAGGCAGAGCACGGCACUGUGAACCAUGAUGUGACACUGCUAGUGCAAUGGAAGUGCUGCUUUUAUGUCCUUCACACUGAGCUGGUAUCAGUUGUUUUUCUGUGUGACUUCCUGUUGGUAUCUUAAAACACUAGCCCUGUGCGACUGGCAGAAAACCUGGUGCUAAUUUGUCCUGAAACAUUUGAGUUCCUAUAUGCGGUUGUGUUCUGUCUCACUGAACUCUUACACACUGAUCUAAUCACAGAAGUGUCAUAAUGCCACCUUUUUACAUGUGCAUCACUAUUGGACACUAAAAAGACUGUACUGACUUGGGGGAUGCACAGUCUUACAGGUUUAAGUGAGAUUUACUCCAUGGCUGCCAUGCUGAGAAAAUGUUUGUGUACUUGGUCAGUGCUGUUCAUCCCCAGCCCAGCAUAAGGAGUAAUGAUAGUAUUGGAAAGGCUUGCAAGGUUGAUUUGUACUUUGCUUUUAGGUGGUGAAGCAAAGUAACAGAUGCAGGCACUCAUCUCUGAUACAAGGCAGUGUUCUGUCUCUUUUUUCUGUAUUUUUUUUUUUUUUUUAAUUACUUCUGUACUUUGCAGGAGAUACCAAGGCAGCUACUAAAUGGAGCCACAGCAGGCUUAGGGCAUGCUGACAGGCUUUUUUUUGGCUUUGUGACCCUUUGUCUGCUUGCCCUGUACUACCAGUUUCACUGCACUGUGUAUGUGAAGGGUCCCCCGACAGCAGAGCUCUCACCUUGGCUUCAGUUUCCUGUUGAAUCCCUCCUCUGAAGUUCUUAAUUACAACAUUGGAGGGAAGGUAUUUCCCUGCCAGCUGUAAAACUAAAGCAUAAUUUUAUUGAACUAAAA